CGAGCCGCUCGUACGUUCCGGAUUGUUGGUUAUAUCCCAGUAUUCCACGUGCGACAGCCAUCCCCAAGUCAUUUUUACCUUUUUGUCGGUUUAACACACCGCCACGUAUUCGAGCGAUUUUUAUUAUUUUUGUCGCACGAAAAUCAGUAUUGUUGUUUGAAAAAUAAAAAUAUCAUGGUAGACCCACAAACAAAUACGACUGAUGGGGAUCCUGCAGCUCCACCAAAAACCGCUAAACAAUUGGAAAAAGAAAAGCAGAAACUUGCAAAAUUAGAAAAGUUCAAGCAGAAGCAGGAGAAGAAAAAUGCUACUGCUGGUACUGAAGUUAAAGAAAAGACAGAGCAGAAGGAGAAGAAAAAAGAAAUAAAAGAAUCAGCUGUUUAUACAGUAAAUACUGCACCAGGAGAGAAAAAAGAUGUUACUUGUCCCAUGCCUGAUGCAUACAGUCCAAAAUAUGUUGAAGCUGCAUGGUAUUCUUGGUGGGAAAAGAGUGGAUUUUUCAAACCAGAAUAUAAUAGAAAAAGUAUAUCAGAAAGUAAUCCUAAUGGAAAGUUUGUAAUGGUAAUUCCCCCACCCAAUGUCACUGGUUUCCUUCAUCUUGGACACGCAUUAACAAAUGCUGUAGAAGAUGCAAUCACAAGAUGGAAUCGAAUGAAAGGUCGUACGACUCUUUGGAAUCCUGGUUGCGAUCAUGCCGGUAUUGCGACUCAAGUUGUUGUAGAAAAAAAAUUAUGGAGAGAAGAGCAAAAGACUCGUCACGAUUUGGGUCGUGAAAAAUUUGUAGAGAAAAUUUGGGAAUGGAAGAAGGAGAAAGGAGAUAGAAUUUAUGAACAGCUGAAAAGAUUGGGUGGUUCAUUUGAUUGGGAUAGAGCUUCUUUCACGAUGGAUCCUAAAUUAUGCCGUGCAGUUACUGAAGCAUUCGUAAGAUUGCAUGAUGAAGGAGUCAUUUACAGGAGUAAUCGUCUAGUAAACUGGUCUUGCACUUUGAAAAGUGCUAUUUCAGAUAUUGAAGUGGAUAAAAUGGAGUUGACUGGAAAAACAUUGCUUUCCAUUCCAGGUUACAAAGAAAAAAUUGAAUUUGGGGUCUUAGUGCUAUUUUCUUAUGAAAUUGAAGAAACAAAUGAAAAAAUCACUGUUGCUACUACCCGAAUUGAAACGAUGUUGGGAGAUACUGCUAUUGCCGUUCAUCCUGAAGACGCAAGAUACAAACACUUGAUUGGAAAGCAUGCCAAACAUCCGUUCUGCAGUAGAAAACUACCAAUUAUCGCCGACACAUAUGUUGAUAUAGCAUUUGGGACCGGUGCUGUAAAAAUAACUCCUGCUCACGAUCCGAACGAUUAUGAAAUUGGAAAACGGCACAAUUUACCAUUUGUUACGAUAUUCGAUGAUGAUGGUAACAUAAUUGGUGAUUAUGGAAUAUUUACGGGAAUGAAGCGCUUCUAUGCUAGACAAGCAAUAAUCAAAGAACUGACUGAUAGAAGUCUAUUUGUAGAAAUUAAGGACAAUGCUAUGGUUGUGCCUAUCUGUAGUCGAUCAAAAGACAUUGUUGAGCCACUCAUCAAACCGCAAUGGUAUGUCAAAUGUGCUGAUAUGGCAGCUGCAGCUACCGAAUCUGUAAAGACCGGGGAAUUAAAAAUUAUUCCUGAACAAUUUAAGAAAACGUGGUACUACUGGAUGGAGGGCAUUAGGGACUGGUGCAUCAGUCGGCAAUUGUGGUGGGGUCACCGCAUACCGGCUUACUAUGUUACUAUUAAGGAUAGCAAUAAUGAGACUUCAGAUGACGAUAGAUGGGUGAGUGGACGUACGGAGGAUGAAGCAAAAGAAAAAGCAGCCAAGAAGUUUAAUAUCAGCAAAGACAAAAUUAUACUCCAACAAGAUCCUGAUGUUUUGGAUACGUGGUUCUCAUCUGGCCUCUUCCCAUUCUCAAUUUUCGGAUGGCCUGAUCAAACAGAAGAGCUUAAGGCGUUUUAUCCUGGAACUCUUUUAGAAACUGGUCACGACAUCAUUUUCUUCUGGGUAGCAAGAAUGGUGUUCUUCGGUCAGAAGUUAUUAGGAAAAUUACCUUUUAAAGAAGUAUAUCUGCACGCUAUGGUGAGGGACGCUCAUGGUCGGAAAAUGAGCAAAUCUCUCGGCAAUGUAAUCGAUCCUAUGGAUGUGAUUCGUGGCGCUACAUUGGAGAAUCUCCACAAGCAACUAUUAGACACUAAUUUAGAUCCUCAAGAAUUAAAACGCGCGACGGAAGGUCAAAAACGUGAUUAUCCACAAGGCAUCCCCGAAUGUGGUACGGACGCCUUGCGUUUUGCUUUAUGCGCUUACACCUCGCAAGGCAGAGACAUCAACCUUGACAUUCUAAGAGUCCAAGGCUACAGAUUCUUCUGUAACAAGCUCUGGAACGCGGCCAAGUUUGCUCUCACAUAUUUUGGAGAUGGCUUCGAGUAUGACGAAGCUGCUGAUGCUAAGUCUCUGAAUGCAGAACGACUAUUUGGCGAUCUCGGCUGGUACACACGUACGUUAUCCGAGCCGUGCGUGCAGUCGUCUCUCGAUGCCUACCUUGCUGACUAUCCCUACCUAGAUGGCUAUACACCUUCGCGUCUUGAUCUCAAAGUACACGAGGCUCUGGAUAAAUCGUGCUUUAAACAUAAAGCUCAUCUCAGACGAUGGCAUGCUCAUAUCAGUAGUUUUGCCACUGAGGAAAGGAGCAAGUUUCGAAACGAAAAUCGCAGAAUCAUGUCGUAUUGCGAGAUUAGAAUGGGAAAUGAGGGUUGCUGUGCUCGUGGAUUUCAGCUUACCAACAACGAAUCAAAUAUCGACAUGUGGAUGCUGUCCAGGGUGAGUAACGCAGCUGCAAUUUGCGAUGAGGGCUUCGCUCAGUACGAUUUCAACGGCGCUACAACAGCUUGUUACAACUUGUGGUUGUAUGAUUUGUGCGACGUUUAUCUGGAAUGUUUGAAACCUGUGUUCCAAUGUGGAACUGAUAAGCAAAAACAAGCUGCUCAACGUGUCUUAUUCAAAACCUUGGACGUUGGCUUGCGAUUACUGAGUCCGUUUAUGCCUUUCAUCACAGAGGAGUUGUAUCAACGCUUACCUCGUAAAAACUUAGUUUUUCCCAGUAUAUGCGUCAGUCCGUAUCCUACUGCCACCGAGUGUCCAUGGAGAAAUGAAGAGUUGGAAAGGGACGUUGACUUUGCUCAGAAAGUUGUACGAAGUAUUAGGUCGUCGCGAGGUGCUUACAACAUACCAAAUAAAACGAAAACUGAAGCUUACUUUGUGAGCCAUGACGACGAGCACAGGGACAAAGUUACUAAGUACUCCGAUAUUAUCAGUACGCUGGCGUACUCGAUCAUUCGUCUGGAGGACCCUCCUGGAGGCUGUGCUAUUCUUACGAUUUCAGAUAAGCUUCAGGUGCAUCUGUUGCUGAAGGGCAUCAUUGAUCCCGUUAAAGAAUUAGAAAAACUGAAAAAAAAAGAAGAUCAAUUAAAAGGAACGAUUCAAAAGCUGAAACAAGCCAUGUCAUCGACCGAUUAUAGCGUCAAAGUACCUGCUGAAGUGCAAGAAAUGGAUAAGGAGAAGGUUCUCAGUAAUGAAGGCGAGAUGCAAAGAUUGGUAGAAGCUAUGGAGGCUCUACGAACUUUAUGAAUAAAUGAAAUUUUUUAGUAUCAAUUUUAUUAACUUAUUAUUUAUUAACGAUUCUUAAUGUUCUUAAUGAAAAAAGUAUCUGAAGAUAAGUAAUUGAAUUUUUAUGCAUAUUUUCUCGAUAUUAUAUGUUUCUCAAGCAUAAAACACAGUGAACAUUAGUUAUCUCAGCCAGGUUCAUUCAGGUUUGAAGACAAGUGUUCAUGGAAGGUUUAGGCAUGCAAAUUGAAAUUUCUUAGCUUUAUAUUAGAGAUUUUAAGCCGAUGUUUAUAGUUUCAUCGACUAACCAACAGUCUGUUUAUGAUUUUUACAUGGGCAUGAGAAGGUUUACAUAGAACAUAAGCAGCCCCGUCAACUGGUAAAAUUACAGGGCGCAUUUUGUAACAGGCCACAAGCCCUGAAUUUUGCUGCUGGUACUGUAGCUGCCUGCAAACAGAAAAGUACCCGAAACAAAUCGAAAAAGAAUGGCUGGCCUGUUUCUGUUGAUCGCACAUUAAAUCGAGCGAUUCGACAAGUUUUUUUUUUCAAUUGAUCCAAAAUAUUGCUUAUAAUGUCAUUGAAGAGUUGCGUCAGGUUGCCAAUAGAUUUUUAAAACACAAAAUCAAAAUGUGUAUUAAUUGUAGUUUAAAUUUAUUUUCACGGAUCAGAUGCAUGAAA